AUGCUGAAGACGGAGAAAACUUUGAACCGCGAAAUGGAAGAAAGAACAUCUAGGGAGGAAACCUUGGGAAACCUUGUCAUGACAAGACUACUGGACCGCAUUCAACAGGCAUCUCGCCACCCUCUGGAUCUUCAAGCCACACAUGUUGGUUAUGUCGUCCGGAGGUCCUACAGUGUCCAGGGACCUCUGUCCCUUGUUCAUGUGGACACAAAUCAUAAACUCAUCAGAUAUGGCUUUGUCAUAUUUGGUGGCAUAGAUGGAUACUCACGAAAGAUUAUGUACUUGGAGGCUGCAACGGACAAUAAAUCCACUACAGCAUUAGGAUUCUUCCUGGGAUCUGUGGCAGAGAAUGGUCUUCCUUCCAGGGUUCGUGGAGACCAAGGCGUUGAAAACUUGCAAAUAGCAAGAUUUAUGUUUUCCAUUCGUGGUUGUGGUAGAGGAAGUUUCAUGUCUGGCAAGAGUGUUCACAAUCAGCGUAUUGAGAGACUGUGGCGUGAUAUGUGGAUGUCAGUGACAAGUACAUACUACGAACUUCUCCAUAGUUUAGAGGAAGAGGGCUCUCUGGAUCCAACCAACAGUCUUCAGCUUUUUUCCGCUCAAUACGUAUUCUUGCCAAGGCUAACAUCAGACCUCCACAGCUUCAUCAAUAGCUGGAACAACCACCCCCUUCGCACUGAACAAAAUCUCACACCAAACCAACUUUGGGAGAUUGGCAAAGCACUGAAUCCAGUCCCGUCUGCACAGCACACACUUUACCAAAACCCUCCAAGUCAAGACGAAGACCUGGAAGCCUCUGGAAUUGUAGUCCCACAAAUUGCAUGUCCCAUGCCACAGCAAAGUCUGGAACUAUUAAGGGCUAGUGCCACGCAAGUGUAA